UCAACAUCGACCAAGGAAAUGUCUGUAUUUCGCCAAUUGAGAUUUAAUUAAAAUACUAAAAAUCGAGCGACAGUCCCACCAUAAUAACAGUCGUCAACAUUUCUCCGAUGUGGAUAGGUGCAGAAUACAGUUUGUCUUCAUACCCAUAGCAUUUGAUAGUUUGUAUUUACUUAGUUGUUGCUUUUAAUGCAUAGUUAAAUUUAUCACUUCGUAUUGUCAGUAUGGCGGCAUCGUUGAGAGAUAUAUAAGCGUAAUCAAUAUAAAUUUCUAUAGAGAAGAAGAAACGGGUAAUCUGAUUGUCUGGCUAACUAAAGAAUUGUCAGUUAAUAUACCACAUAUGUAUGUAUGUAGGUGGACAUUAAUGUGAAUGUGUGCUUGUGUGUUAAGGCUUACAUGUUUACAUACAUAGUAUAUCACUAGUGAAUCCCUCAACGUCCUCUGCUGCGCCAAUCGAAUUUGUCUCGUAUGAUAUUUUUCCAGCGAUAACGUCACACAACGCCAUAUAUCGUACGUCGCACUUCUCAGCAUCAAUCGGCUGGCUUAUCAUUAAAAUAGACUAUAUACAUAGCGGCGCAGUUAGUAAAAAAACAAAAUACACAAUCAAUUCUUAAAUAUGAACGAUACUUUGAAUAUAUACAUAUAUGUACAUACAAUCAAACGCGUAAAGUAAAUGUGCACGUCGUUAAUUAGAGCGAUCGGAUGAUUUUCUACAAAGCAGCAAAAAAAAAAAUCCAUCACUAAGAAAAUACAAUAAAAACAAAACAAAAAGCCACAUACGAACAAACAUAUGUACAUACAUAAUUUAAUACGAGGGGAUAUUGCAAAUUAUACAAAAUCUAGCAGUUAAACGAGAAAAUGCUAACUUCAGUGCUUAACUUUGUGCAAGGUGCUGUGGAGCUGUCCUCCAUUGGUUGUGUUGAGGUGGCAUCAGUGGUUCUGAUCGUCUACUAUAUCUACGCCAAAACAAGAGCACUUGAUUUCAUAGCCAACCUGUUUCCUAAUUUGAAUUUGAAUAUAAAUUAUCGGCCAUCAAUAGUAAAGUUCAACUCUAUGGGCAAUGAACUCUUCACAACGCUACGUAGAAAUGUCAAGGCGGUAAGUGAUCUUCAUCAAGUGGUUACCAGCAGAUUAGAAAAGAUUACUUAUCAUAAAAACAGAUACAUGCAUACGUACAUACAUACAGAGGAAACAAAACAGCCAAAUGCGCUCACACAUGCUCAAGGUACCAACAACAUGCUGGAGCUGACCCCACAUGCCGGCCGGAAACCGUAUCAUUCAAUGUUCGACUGGGGUGUAUACUUUCCGUUUCUGGCACAAUGCUUGCGCAUAAAACGUUUCGAAUAUCCACAGGUUUCCGGCGUUGUACAGGAGGAUCCAAUGCUGCAGCGUGCAAUCAAGCAAGCUGCUGAACAAAUUAUACGUGAACAGCGUAUUGAAACACAUAAAACAUUUAGAAUAAAUAAUGAAGCGCCAACCGAUGCAGAGGAAGAGUUGAAAAAGUAUCAGGAAAUCUUUAAAAGUCAGGAAUGCCGUGCCAAAAAUAUUUUAAUGAAUAUGCGUUCAACCUUGAACCACUACCUGAUAAUGCUUACAUCUUGGUUGCUCUACAAACUUCUUCCAUGCUUCUUAUCAGGCGUCGUCACACACACAAGACAAAUAGAAACAUUAAAAAAGGCAUCGGAACGUGCACCUGGCAUACCAUUAAUAUUUCUGCCAUUGCAUCGUAGCCAUCUUGACUACAUAAUGGUUACAUUUAUCUUGACCAACAAUGAUAUACGUAGCCCGCUAGUGGCUGCUGGAGACAACUUACAGAUUCCGGUAUUUGGCGGUCUUUUACGUUCACUAGGUGCUUUUUUCAUUAAAAGAAAAAUCGACCCUGUCGUGGGGAAAAAAGAUAUACUCUAUCGCGCAAUCUUGCAACAAUAUCUCCAACAUGCACUAAAAAUGUCACACAAUGUUGAGUUCUUCAUCGAGGGUGGACGCACCCGUACUGGCAAACCUUGUAUGCCAAAAGGCGGCAUAUUAUCGGUGAUUGUUAACGCUUUUAUGGAUCGUAGCAUACCAGAUGCACUUUUGGUACCCGUUUCUGUUAAUUAUGAACGCCUAGUCGAUGGAAAUUUCGUGCGGGAACAAAAAGGCGAGAAGAAAGUACCAGAGUCCUUCUGGAAAGCCAUGGCAGGAAUUUGGAAGACACUCCACUCAAAAUACGGUCUUAUGCGCAUCGAUUUCAAUGAACCCUACUCUAUAAAAGAACUCGUGCAAUCCUAUAAUAAGAUUGCAACAGACAAUAGCCCCUUCAAAGUUUACAAACCUUCUGAACGCACCUUACAGCAUAAUCAGUCAACAUCUUCAUUGUAUGGCACCGACGUAGUUUGCGAAGAGCACCGCACACUAAUAGAAAGCAUUUCACGAGAAGUUGUGUUUGACUGCGCCGCCGCAACAUCAGUCAUGUCAACAAAUGCGCUGGCAUUCUUAAUGUUAACACGUUUUCGUAGCGGAGCAUCAAUCAUCAAGAUUGCUGAAGCAUUAGAUUCGCUACGCGAUCAUUUGAAAGGACGUAAAGAUAUGGCUUUCGCUGGAGACUCUCUACAUAUACUCAAAUACUCAUGUGAUUUAUUGGGUGAAGCGUUGAUAUCGCGGACGCUGGACGACCGCGGACAAGUUUACUUACAACCAGUACAAAGUAUCGAGAGUUUAAUUGAGUUGUCUUACUAUUCAAAUAUGUUGACACCAUACUUUGCCCUACAAUCUGUAAUGAUGAUAACAUUUCACGAAUUGCUGCCGAAACCAGUGGACGGAAAGCCACUUGAAGGGGAAACAGACGCAGCCAAACUGCCAGGACUUUCGAGGAAAAAUCUUAUUGAUGCUGCUUUAGCAAACUGUGAUGUACUGCGUUACGAAUUUAUUUUGCAUAAACCAACUCAGGUAUUGAGUAACCUUUUGGAGGUUUCAUUAGACGAACUGAUUGUGCACGGAUUGAUAAAGUUGCCUGAAAUAAAAGAAGAGCCUGACUGCAAUGCCGAAAGCCGCAAAAUUGCGCGUAAUAUUGCAGCGUACCUAGACGAUACAGAUGAUUCCGAAUAUACCGAUUACGAGCAGGAAGAAAUUUACAAUCAAAACGAACAGCCAGACUUAUUUUUGGCGCUCGACACACUGACUGAACAGAAAGCGCUUUGUGAAGUACUGGCACCGUUUAGUCACACAUACUACUCAGUGGCGCAGUCACUAAGUAUUCUUUACAAAAAUUCUAUGCUCGAAACUGAAUUUAUAAAAUUUGUAAUUGCUGAUAUUUCGAAUAAGGUGAAAACUGGAGCUUGUCCAUAUGCAGAAAGCGUUUCGACAGAUUCGGUGCGAAAUUGUUUAAAACUGCUGGAGAAAUGGUCAGUUUUGGAGAUUUGUAAUGAUCAUGGGCUGCGCCUUUUAACGCUCGGAACACUAUAUGAGACGUCGAAAGAGUCUAUAAAGACAAUUGUUGGAAGAAUAUCAAAAAUUGUUCCAACCAAAUACGGCUACUUGCCUCUUUAAAAGACAAAUCGUAUAAUUGUCAAAUAAAUAGGGGUCAGCUCACGAAUUUAUAGUUGCAAUUUCUCCUGCUUAACAACGAAAUAUCAUCAGGUACUCACGGUUGUUGACAGACUAAGUAAAUGAGUUCAUACAACGCAACGUAAUCCAAAAAUUAACAACAAAACUAAUGAAUUUACCGACUGAAUAGCUUAGCUUAAAGGAACAACUUGUAAUAAAGAACUAUUCGAAAUAGUUUUAAUUAGAAUGAGAGCGUUAUUAUAAAAAAAUUUCACAUAGGCCAUUUUUAAUUAACUCUGUCAUUUUUAUAUAAAUAUAAUAAAAUAAAAUAAUGAGUUGUACAAGUCGAGGUUAGUUAAGAUUUUGGUUCUUGACGAUUUUGAUGGCACUAAGCAUGAAUAUGGGCUAUGUGAUAUAUGUAGCUCUAUUUUUUUGUAAUAAAAUUGCUUUAGAUACAUAAGGUUCUGUAAAAGUAAGAAUGAAAAUAAAAAUACAUUUUUUAAGAAAACAUUUCGCAAA